UUAAAGUUUAAUUUUGAACUCCCAAUUAGCGAAAGUGCAUUACAAAUCGAUUGCAAUUUCCUAGAAGGCACAGCAAGUUCUCAGCCAGCCUGCCUGCCUGCCACGUGCGAGGGGCUGCAGAGCAGCCGGAAGGGCAGGGCUCAGGGUUGGCCUCCGCGGCCCACAAGUCCCUAAAAGUCCCUGCCAGCGCGACAGUGGGCUUGGGCGGGCCAGGAUGGGAGCCCGCGAGUGGGGGUCCUGGUCGUCUGUAUAGGGGAGACGAGGGGAAGGAGUGGCCGGGGAGGGGCUAGGGAGGCGGACGACAUGGUGCCCGAGUCGCGCCGUCCUCUCGGGAGGAGCGUGUUGGGGCUGGUCUCACCGAAGUUUCUCUCCCUCUCUGGCUCUCCACACCCACCUCGGAUUCCUGG